GUUUCUGUUAAUUGUUGUUGGAAGUGGUUCAUAGUGUACUACUCAAUUAAUUUUUGGAAUUUGGUGUCACAUCCGAAGUUGAUAAAUCUAAAAUCUGAAGGUUAGAAGUUAUCGUGACGCCCAUGUGGUUUGGCACGUGUUCGUAGGGGGACGCUUGUCCGCGAAGGCAGAGUAGAUUGCAGCACGACAGCAGCUGGUGGCACUUGUUAACGAUCCUCACUUUACAACCACAACGCAACGCAACGCAACUCUUCUUCAAAGCUCUGUUGUGAUCAUUGAAGAAGAAGAUGAUGGCUCCGUCUCAUCCCUCGGUAGUUUUGGUCUUCUUCGUCCUCCUCCUCAGCUUGCACUCCUUUCUCGCCGAUGAUUCUGAAGAUAAGCAGCUAUUUAACAGUCUUAACAGCUACAGGUCAUCCUCGAACCUCCCUGCCCUAUCGAGUAAUGAAAAUGCAGCUUGCUUAGCCGACAAAAUUGCUGGGAAAUAUGAAGACCAACCUUGCACCAACACCACCGGUGCUAACACGGUCCCUGGAACAGAGACUCAAUUCAGUGAUUACCCUGAUUUCUUAGCCGAUUGCCAUCUCAACGUGUCAAACACCAGGGACGGUGUCAUAAUGCUUGUCUGUGUUCCCAAACUCGUUCCGGCACUCGUCCUCUCCAACUUCACGCACUCCCAGCAGUACUCUCGCUAUCUCAAUGACACCAAAUAUGUGGGUGCUGGAAUUGCUUCGGAGGACAACUGGAUUGUUGCAGUCCUCACCACCAACACAUCAACUGGAAGCUUCCAACCGUACAACGCUGCUACAUCCUCAAAGGUUGUCAUGUCUUCUCUCUUUUUACUGGCUUUUAGCUGCUUCUUACUUGACUGAACCCUAUGUUGUGUGCAAUUUUCCUUCUUUUCUUUUUGGAGAUCCUUUUCACGGAACUGUGAACAUGUCUUGAGAGUAGGUAGGGAUUGCAGCUCUUUGCUCCUUCCUCUUUCAUAUUUAGAGUAAAUACCUGUGUUUGUUGCAGUUUUUUUUUUUGUUGUCAUUUUUCAUAUUUUGUAUUCAACGUUUUUUCUUCUCUUGCUACGUCACGAGCAAAUCAGCCAGAAGACUUGCACCUUGUUACUUUUAUCGGUUAUACUUCCCUUCACACACACACAAUGAGCUCUCCCAAUUUUUGGCUACUGUGAUAUUAUUGGAGGUUUUAAACUCCUAAUUGUAAUUAUUCCUCCCAAGGGAAGUGCUGUUUGGCUUAAUCAAUGUCCAAGUCUUCAUGGGUA